AGCCCAGCUUUACUCAUGUGUUUCUCCUCCGUGUCUCACCUGUACCUUGGACAAUGAUGUCCUCACCACAGAGCAAAGGCAGCUCUAUGAAGACAAUGGGUAUCUGCUCAUUAAGAAGCUCAUUUCUGAUGAAGAUAUUGAGUGUUUCAGGCUCAUAUUUGUGAGGAUCUGUAACAAGGAGGUGAAUCCUCCAGGAGUUCUGAUAAUGAAAGAUGAGAUCCACAGACCCAGCCUCAUUCAGUCUGAAGACACAGUUAAUGAAGUGCAUGCUUUCUGGGAAGGUGAGUAGUUGUUCAGGUACUGCACUCUACCAGAGAUCCUAAAAUACAUUGAAUGUUUCACAGGGCCAAAUGUAAUGGCCGUGCAGAUGAUGAUGCUGAUAGAUCAACUUCUAGAUCCCAGUAAGCAGAGGUCCCACAGAGGGGGAAAUGCAGAAUUUGUUAUGUAUGCCUGGGGUGCCGUGAACUUAACUGAAGCAGCACUUACCUGA